AUGGCAUCAUCAUCAGAGAAGAAGGUCACUCUCAAGAGUAACGACGGUCAGACCUUUGAGGUCGAACAUGCAAUUGUCUUGGAAUCGCAAACGAUCAAGCAUAUGAUUGAGGAUUGUGCCGAUGAUGAAAUCCCUAUUCCAAAUGUAACCGGUACAAUCUUGGCGAAGGUCAUUGAGUAUUGCAAGAAGCAUGUCGAAGCUUCUAAUGAUAAACCCUCUAAUGAUGAUCUUAAGAAAUGGGACGAGGAUUUCGUGAAGGUUGAUCAAGCUACUCUCUACGAUCUCUUCUUGGCUGCACACUAUUUGGACAUCAAGAGUCUUUUGGAUCUUAUAUGCCAAACUGUUGCUGAUAUGAUAAAGAAUAAGACGCCCGAGGAGAUUCGCAAGACUUUUAACAUUAUCAAUGAUUUUAGUCCCGAGGAAGAGGAAGAAGUUCUUCGCGAACUUGCAUGGGCUUUUGAUUAA